GCAGUGAGCAGACAGUAUCAUACCCGUGAGUUUAAAACAAGCCUCAAAGUCCAUGGCACUUGCACAAUGAACUGAAAUAAAACUUCAUCAACAGCCAAAAUCAAGAGCUAUUUAAAGGAUUCCUGAAACCAUAUGGACAACGAUCAGAGAUAGAGGUAUAUGCUUUUCAACGAUCAGAGAUAGAGUCUAUCAAAAAGACUCCAAUCACCAUGGCAACCAACCAGCAAAAAGUUCCCAGGAGAUGCCAGUGCGGGUGGUCUAAUGUAACAACUUACCAAGGCCUCCGAACACACCAAGGAAAGGCAAAGUGUGAAGGAUACGGUGAGGCCUUUACUCCAUCUGCGUUUCUGACCACACCAUCUCAGAACCGGACGUCACACAACUCUCACAUAGAACCCAGCAUGGUACACAAGCGGCACGGGGAACCUGCUAGCCUGCGACACCUGCAGCAGACCUAUGGCAUAUCGGGGAUUAGUCUAGAGGACGAGCCACAGCAGGGGACCCUCAGCCGUGACUGGACCAGGAGGGACCGGGGGCAGUGGCCAAUGGGCAAGGAGACAUCAGUGACAACUGCCCAGCCACUGAGAAGCGUUCUGGAACUAAGGAGGGAAAUGUACUCUGAGGAGAGGGCCCAGGGUCAUAUUGAUCCCACAGCAGCCCUGAAGGUGAUGACAAGCAGUGACGAGCUGGAAACGCUGAAAAAAGAGAAUGAACAUCUCAAAACCAGAUUUGAAGACUACAAGGCAGCUAAUGACGAGCUGGAAAUGCUGAAAAAAGACAAUGAACAUCUCAAAACCAGAUUUGAAGACUACAAGGCAGCUAAUGAGAAGCUAACAGCAACAAUGAAAGCUUUGGAAAAACAGAAUGGAGAUUUAAAGAUCAGAUACAAUGAACUGAAGGCAUCAAGGGAGAGUCUGACCACCAAAACCGAGACCUUGAAAAAGGAGAAUGAAAACUUCAGAGUUCAGGCAUGUCUGGCAAAAACUGCCCAAGUAAAAGAGCCAGGCAGGAACUUAAAGCAAGCACAGCAUCCCUGUAGGACCUGUGGCCAUUAUAUAACACACAUGUACAAUGAAUUCCUGGCCAAUAAACCAGAGCAAGCUUAUACGACACCUUGCCAGCAGUGUGAUGAUGGAUUUGUGCAACUUUACCAUCAUUACCUGAAGGCCAAGCAAUUGGAAAAUGACUACAAGCCACCCUGUGUGAAAUGUAAAGAAGAAUACACAAAUCUGUGUUCUGAAAACUUUUAUAUGAGAUCUUCGGAAACAGAUGUUCAUCAAUCAUGUCAGGACUGUGGACACAAUUUUAAACAACUAGCAAAGAUUCUACAGAUUCCCACAGAAAAUAGGCCUAUACAUGAAAGAACUAAAGCCAAAACAUCAUUUGAAGACACUAAUGACUCAUGCAGCGAAACAGAACUCAGGGAAGAAUUGAACCAACUCAAGCAAAAGGAGUUUCCCAAAGCCCUGAAAUCCAUAACCUCUCAGAAAAACAGCCUGGAGGGAAAGACCCUGAAGGUGAAAAUGCAGUGGACAUUUGAUAUUGCAAAACGGGACACAACGAAAAAACAAGAGGAGCUACAACAUAUUUUCCCAGAUAAAACACCAGGUCAUCUGCAGCUUGCGUUCAGCAAUCUCCAGACAGCUCUGUACAACUGCAGUGAAUCUCACCAUCGCAGGAUGAUUCAGGAGUUUAUUAAAGAUGAGCAGAAAGACGUCUCUGCUCUGCUGGUCAAGUGGUACAGGCUGAGCUGUUUGAUGGUUCUGCACAACCCACCACUGCUGCCGAAGUGGGAUACAGAUGGUCUCCCUUGUAGUCUUGAUCAGGUCCAGUGUGAAAAGGCACAUGAAGACACAGCAAGUGAAGAAAAGAAAGGCUGUCAUGUAGCUGUGAAAUCAUACUCAUCUUAAAAUGGAUGGAAAUAUUAUUUUUUCAUCAAUCUACACACAAUAUUCCACAAACAAACAGGUGUUUGGAGUUUCUUGUAAAUUUAUGUAAAUGAAUGCUUCCACAACUUCAUUGGAGUCCAUCUGUGCCUAAAUGAAUUCAUCGGACAUUAUUAGGAGAGGCACAUGUCUGUCUAUAAGGUCUCAUAGUUGAUGUAUGUCAGUGAACACAAAGCCACAAGGUGAUAGAAUUGUCUGUAGACCUGCAAAACAGCAUUGGGUCAAGACACAGAUCUGGGGAAAGAUACAGGAAUAUUUCUGCAGCAUUGAAUGCGCCCAAGAGCACGGUAGCCGCCAUCAUUCUCAAAAAGGUUUUAAGAAUGUUUGAAAUGUUUGGAGCAACCAACAGACUUCCUAUAUCAGCCCACUCAGCCAAACUAAGUAAUCCGGGACGAAGGGGCCCAGCAUUUUGACUUUCUGCAUAUAAUAUCUCAGAAGUUUUACUUUUAUGUUUGUGGCCAUUUUAUUUUGAGCGACAGAAAUGGGCUUUGAUACAAAUCUGUAAAGGGUUCUCUGCUCUAAACAUGUUGCAAUUGUGAUGAGGCCUAUACCGGUUUGUUGUUCGAACAGCACUUUCCUUAAAUUAGCCACCACCAGCAGCUGUUACUCGGGCACAUCUCAGACCAAGGUGUGUGUACCGAUGCCCCAGCUUCAAAGUCAUCAGUGAGAAUUGUGUGCAUUCAGCAACCCUAUAGCUUACCCCUCUAUGGAGAACCAGCCUUGCAACUUGAUCUCCCCUGACCGGAGAAUCACAAAUUGCUUUACAUUAAUUGUGCAAUGGUAUUUGCAUGAACUCACAUAAUAUGAUCUUGUCAGUAGACAUGGCUAUUCAGAGAUUAGCCAGUUUGUGAAAAAAAUCCACAUGAACUGUGUGAAGGGGGAAGGGUGCUACCCAUGAGUGAUUUAUGACAGUUGGGAGUUGUGUAAAAUUCAAAUUCUUCGCAACUUUAGGGGGAUCCUAUCCCAGUAGCUUAAAAACUGCUUUGAAUACCUUUGAAAAUAGUCAUAAGGCCUGCUUGAGAUGGACUGUGACGGACUUGAUCAUCGUCAGACAGGAGGAGCUAAAACAUACAGCAGACAGGCAUGUCUCACGGGAGAUGUUGCAGAAUUGUACUGGGGUUUUGCAGGAAGUUGCGUUUGCGUUUUUUGCGUUAUAAAACUUUAUAUACAUUAUUUAAGCAAGGACCAAACGAAACAUACCAGAGAGAGAAACAUACCUGCUUUCAGUAUCCCCAGAGAAAUUCCAUGCAGGGUUAAGUUUUCGUUUGGGGCCAGGCUGACCCCACUUUCCAGUUUUCGGAGCCUGCACUGCCUGCAGAGACCGUUUUUUUUUUUUUACAGCAUAAUCACAGAAUGGGCAGCUAGCGGUCAUGAGGGGAUGAUUGCUGAAUGUAGCAAAAAAUGUAUGGGCUUGAAAUCACACAAGAUCCCUGACUGUGGCCUUAAAUACUCUUCUUAUUCAUUAAAAUGAAAAUGAUGACAGACAAAAUGAAAUAUUAUGGUGUUGUUUUAAUAAAUUAUGGUUGGCAUAUA